AUGGUUCUCCACCAGUUCGACUACAUUUUUGCCAUUGGCACCAUCUUUGCGUUUCUCGACGCCUGGAACAUUGGUGCCAACGAUGUCGCCAACUCGUGGACCACGUCCGUCUCGUCGCGGUCCAUCUCCUACAUCCAGGCCAUGGUGCUCGGAUCCAUCCUCGAGUUCGCCGGCGCCGUCGGCGUGGGCGCCCGCGUGGCAGACACGAUCCGGACAAAGGUCGUCAACGUUGACCAGUUCGAGGAGAACCCGGCGCUGCUCAUGGUCGGCAUGAUGUGCGCCAUCCUGGGAUCGUCGCUGUGGCUCACGUUCUGCACCAAGGUCGGCCUCACCGUGUCGACGACGCACUCCAUCAUGGGGGGCGUCAUCGGCAUGGGCGUCGCGCUGGUGGGCGUCAACGGCAUCACCUGGGCCGACUUUAGCAAGGGCGACAUCAGCUCCGGCGUCGUGUCCGUCUUCCUGGCCUGGAUCAUCGCGCCCGGGCUGUCGGCGGCGUUUGCCAUCAUCAUCUUCCUCGUCACGAAAUACGCGGUCCUGCUGCGCAGCAAGCCCGUGCUGCGCGGCCUCGUGCUCGUGCCCGUCUACUUUGGCAUCACCGCCUCGCUGCUCGUCAUGCUCAUCGUCUGGAAGGGCGGCUCCAUCAACGUCAACUGGAUGACCAACGCGCAGAUCGCGGGCAUCGUGGUCGGCGCCGGCGCCGCGUGGGCCAUGCUCGUUGCCGUCUUCCUCGUCCCGUGGCUGUACCGCAUCGUCGUCAAGGACGACUGGCAGCUUCGCUGGUACCACAUCGCGCUCGGCCCGCUGCUGCUUCGCCGCCCGGAGCCCCCGGUCCAGCCCGAGGGCGCCAAGGGGGGCAUUCGUGACUUUUACGAGGGCCAUCUGACCAAGGAACAAAUGGAGGAGCUACUCACUUCUGAGAGGGUCCGCGAUGAGGAGAACACGGUCAACGAGGCCAAGACCGCCGCCACGGACGCCGUGUCGGACAACGUCCGUUCGGACAAUGGGCAGUUGGAGGAGGAUGCCCAGCCUCCUGCGGACAGUUUCCCGCAGGAGAAGAAGAUUGUCGGCCCCAAGCCCGAGGGGCCGUGGUACGACGGCGCGGUUCUCUUCUGGUACUUCAAGUGGCUCUUCCUCCGCGGCGUGGACCAGGACAUUGUCAACCUGCAGCACAAGAGGACGUUCCUCUCCGGGGACCUCGCGGCUAUCCACUCCCACGUGCCGCACUACGACAACAAGGCCGAGUAUCUGUAUACGUUUGUCCAGAUCAUGACGGCGUGCACGGCGUCAUUCACCCAUGGGGCCAAUGACGUGGCCAACGCCAUUGCCCCCUACGCCACCAUUUAUCAGAUCUGGCAGUCUGGCGCCCUCAAGGGCAGCAAGUCCGAUGUGCCCAUUUGGAUUCUGUGCUUUGGUGGUGCCGGCAUCGCGCUCGGCAUCUGGACCUACGGAUACAACAUCAUGAAGGUCCUGGGCAACAGACUCACGCUGCACUCUCCCUCCCGCGGGUUCGCCAUGGAGCUUGGCGCGGCUUGCACCAUCAUCCUGGCCACUCGUCUCAAGCUUCCCGUGUCGACUACGCAGUGCAUCGCAGGCGCGACGGUCGGCGUCGGCCUGUGCUCGGGCACAUGGAGGUCGAUCAACUGGCGCGUCGUGACGUGGAUCUACAUGGGAUGGAUUGUCACUCUCCCCAUCGCGGCGCUCAUCUCGGGGUGCAUCUGCGGCAUCAUCAUCAACGCACCUCGCUGGGGCUACAGGGGCUAUUAG